AUUUAAAUGUUCGCGCCUAGUUAUCGAUAAUCAGUAUGUACCGAUGAGCACUUGGCUGAAACAGCUGAUCCCAAAAUCAUAACAAACCAACCAACCCAUUGUAAACAACUUCGAAAAGACGAAAAUGAGCUUCUCGGAAAACACCUCCGAUUCGGAAUGGAAGACAGACAAAAUGAUAAAGCAGCGGACUUCUAAGCAAUCUUUAAAGCGGGACAAGGAGCACAGAACUCUGAAACCCAAAUACAACCAGAAGUUCUGCGAAAAGUGGCUCAAGAUUUUCGAUCCAUGGCUCCGACGGGCGGCCGAGGAUCCUAACAAGCCAUUCUGCCGCGCUUGCCAGUGCACCAUGGACUGCAAUCGAUGUCACCUGGUGCGGCACGAGCGAACCACCAAGCACAAGCGCAAUCUGGAGGCUCUGCUCACAAAGGGCGAAGGCGCAGCGGUCCAGGAGUUCCGGAUUCGCCAGCAGCGUAGCAAGUAUUAUCACCAGCGUAAAUUGGUAGUGAUGGAGCCCUUGGCUGAAAACCACGAGUUGGAGCCGCCUUCCCCUCCAGAGCCUAUGCCCGUGGUGGUCGUUGCUGAUCAAAGCCUUUGUUCUGCAGCCAGUGAGAAGGUGACAGUACCCAAACAGGAGUUCUUAUCAGAGACAGAGGGCACAACAAAGGUGACCGAACCCCCGUCAAGCCAUGUUAAUCGCAGUGACAGCUCCUCCUCUGCCUCUAAGCAGGACGGCAUAAAGUUACUAAUGCAGAUCCACCAGGACAAAAACGAACUCAUGGAAUCCUUCCGUGAGCUGAUGGGAAGCCAGAGGACCCUAAGUCACACACCACCGCCCAAGGAGAAGAAUCAUGUGGAUCUGUUUUUCGAAAGCGUCAGUUCCAGCGUGAAAGCCCUCUCGCCAAAGUUGGUGGCGGAAGCCAAGAUGCGGGUAUCGCAGCUGAUCUGUGAGCUCGAGCUUCGCGGCCUCAGUGAAACCAGUCAAACGGACGCACUGAAUCCAAACCCUCAAGCUAAUGAAUCCCUCGCACUGCGCCCAUCAUGACAAUCCCUUGUCCUUCAGUAUGGAUUUAGAGGCAUACAACAGUCAAAUGCAUACAUUAAUUUUAAAUUUGAAAAUAAAUGUUAUCGAUUUUUAUAAGAUCAA